AUGCCUCGUUCGCAGGCACGCGAGCUGCUACAACGCAUCGGAGACUGGCUCCUGUCUCGGCGUCUGGUCGGCACGGACGAAGCCGGGAAUCGCUACUAUGAAGCAUACCGAGGUGCCGGUUUGCCGCUGCGACGCUACCGCGAGCGGCCUAGUCGCAGCAACUGGUUUUCGGCAGCUUCAGGUACAGACUAUGCUGGUGAGGGUGCAGACUCUGUGAACAUCCUCUGGUGGCAAUGGUUGAUUGGUGCGCGCACGCAGCCGCCAAGCGCGGAGGAGUUGGUACACCUCGAGCGCCAGCAGGCACAGGUACGUGAACGAGUUGCAGCUCUGGCCGAGAAAGAACGUAGUGCUUUGGAAACAGAGCAGCUGAACGUGCUGAGUGUUCACGAGCGGGUGGCAGUGCUGUCGAAAAAUUCGCGGAAGAGUUACGGGCGGGCGCAGGUCACCCCAGUGAGUGCAGAGGCGCUACUGGCGACGGGCACUGUUUACCGUGAAUGGACGAGUGCGUACGCGGAAAAGCCGGUUACGAGUGACGGCGGCGUGGACGGAGUUUCAUCCCGGGAGCAAGCUAGUUCAGGUAAAACAAGCGUCGAGGCGACGUCGACGCAGGAACCUCCUAUCUGGAUCUCGAAUCGUCGACGGCCUCGAACGUGA